GGUCUUACUCCUUCAUAAUUAUAGAUUCUACGGAACCGUCCCGGGGCCUCUUUUUAGCUCAGGUACCUCUACGCAGCACCGGAUACGGAGGUGGUACUUUGCGUCCAGCUGGGGCCUCGUGCAUACGUCUAACGUGAAUCAUCAGACCUCCUUCAGCAACUGCCUGCCCACCUCCUAACCAAAUGUACCUAGGUACCGUGCAGUCGUGCAAAUUAUCCUUGACGUCCAUGGAAUCCCACCGUCUGUGUUCUGCGCUCCCUCCGUCCCCUCCCCCGGCUGUCAUUGAUGGGAGGAUCCCGGAUUUCUUCAUCUCUUUCGCAACCAAGUCAUCGACCACCCACCGAACUCGACCAACCGGUCUCUCGCCACCCCUCCGCCGCUUGCCCGCAUAGUAGCGUGCCUGACCACUCCGAUCCGCAGCGCUCUCCCGCCAAGAGCAACCCCCCCGGCACAUCACAAGGGCCCAGCAGGGGAAAGGGGGGGCCGGUCCAAGCCUGGUUUUAUGUGUCCGAACCCGUUGGACGGCCUGGGCUCAAGGGAUUUCCCAGGGGGGGGAGAGGCGAUCGUACACCAUGCCUGCUUCUGGUCUAUCUGCUAUCACUUCCCCUUCGCUGCCCACACGCGUUACCGCUUAUUAGAACAUGUCGUCUCCUUUGUCCAACCAGCAACCCUUCCAACACCGCCCGUCCACUCUUUCUUCCCCGCCGAAGACCCUGUCGGUUAACAGCGUGCUGGCACCCAAUUCCACCAACAUCGACCUCUCCAUUCCCUCCUCAGCAUCUUCCGCCACCACCAGCUUCCAAGUCGACUGGUCCCCGGAUGGUGCGGACUCGUCCUCUGCUAACGCCGCCGGUCGCCGCCCCGACGACAUCGAGAUGGAUUCCAUAGCUCCCCCCGGCCACCGUCGCCGUCGCAGCACCCUUACUACCAAUCCUCUCCCUAUCCAGCCCUCCAACUCGCGAUCUUCGCGCCCGCGUUCCACCAGCGUCAAGGGCUCCGGCGACGUCGAUCCCAAGAUCUCUGAGGAGGGCCACAGCCGGAACGCGUCCGGGUCGGACGACAGAGACGACGGCGGCGACGAUGACGACGAAAGUCUAUCGGACGAGGACCUUCACGACGACGAGGAGACCGCGUUGACCAAGAAGGAGAGGCGGAGGAAGCGGGCUAAGCGGCGGCGGAAUACUAGGCUAGACCAGAGGAUCGCACGCGACAAGAUCACCGACGAGGAACGGAAAGAGGCGGACCAGGACGUCUUCAGGAAGCUGGCCAUCAAUGCCACCCUGAUCGGGCUCUGGUACACGUUUUCGCUGUCCAUCUCCUUGUACAACAAGUGGAUGUUCGAUUCGGGCCAAUUGAAUUUCGCGUUUCCUUUAUUUACCACCGCCACGCACAUGCUCGUGCAAUUUUCCCUAGCCAGUUUGGUAUUAUACUUCGUACCUUCAUUGCGGCCCGGCAAUACGACGCACAGUUCGGACCUGGGCCGGUCGAGACACGAGGCUGGGCCCGAACGUCCCAUCAUGACCAAGAUGUUUUACUUGACGAGGAUAGGGCCCUGCGCUGCGGCCACCGGGUUGGAUAUCGGAUUAGGGAACACCUCCCUAAAGUUCAUCACCCUCACCUUUUAUACUAUGUGCAAAUCCUCUUCCUUGGCUUUUGUGCUCCUCUUUGCCUUCAUCUUUCGCCUCGAGACGCCUACUUGGAGGCUCGUGGCCAUCAUCGGCACUAUGACUGCAGGCGUGGUGAUGAUGGUCACCGGCGAAGUCGAAUUCCGACUGGGAGGAUUCAUCCUCGUCAUCUCCGCCGCCUUCUUCUCCGGCUUCCGCUGGGCUCUCACCCAGAUUCUCCUGCUCCGCAACCCGGCCACCUCGAACCCAUUUUCCAGCAUCUUCUUCCUAGCGCCGGUUAUGUUUCUCGUCCUCAUAUCGAUUGCCUUGCCGGUGGAAGGCUUCUUCGAGUUAGUCGAAGGGCUCAAAGUAUUGAGCGAGGAGUGGGGCGCCGUCCGGACACCCUUGAUCCUCCUAUUCCCAGGAACGAUCGCCUUCUUGAUGACGGCCAGCGAAUUUGCUCUGCUGCAGCGAAGCAGCGUCGUCACACUUUCCAUCGCCGGCAUAUUCAAGGAAGUGGUGACGAUAUCGGCUGCAGCGCUAGUCUUCGACGACAAGCUCACCCCCGUCAACAUAUCGGGCCUGGUUGUGACAAUCCUCGCGAUCGGCGCGUACAAUUGGAUCAAACUGUCCAAGAUGCGCAGCGACGCUCAGGUGGAAGUACACAAUAAGAGCUACCGCCAGGCACCGUCCGGCUCAUCGAGCGACCGCGGGAGCGACUCCGACGAAGAGGAAACAGGACUCCUGGCUCGCGAUGACACUAGCAGCGCCGAGGACGGUCUCCUCGCCCCCAGCCGCGACAGCACGCCGAAACCGGCAUCCCCGAACUCGGAAGAUCCUCAUCGGACAGAGCGCACGCGGGAAAGCUGAGCUCUACUUGUAAUAAUAUCACGAGUACUUUUUUUUUUUUCUGGUAGGGUCGAUCAAAGAAAAUAGAAGUGCGGAGCCGGUUCAGAGCAACAAACCUAUUAUGUACAUCUAUCUAACGCGGAAAAUACUACAUCGUCAAGGGAUGCGAAAUACCUUAGGGAGGGGGGGCUUAUUAUUCGGAUUGUGGAUACGGCAAGGCGGGCGAACGGGAGUAGAGAGGGAAAUCGAUUUCAUUUCCUCGAGGCAGAAGGAGGACCGGUAACAAGGGACUCGUGAUGGGGAGCGAAAGGGUUCGUCCUAGUGUGUGUGUGGGGGGGGGGGGGAGGGGGGAUGUUGCCAGGAGGGUCAGUCCGUGCCAGCCGGUAUAUCUACCUAUCUACCUACGAGGUGGA